AUGUCUACGUCUUCUGGCACCCCCGAGUCCUGGAUCUCCUCCUUCUGUUCCCUCUUGGGCCACGAAUACUUUGCUGAGGUAUCGGAGGAAUUUAUUGAAGAUGACUUCAACCUAACAGGCCUGCAGUCGCAGGUGGCCAUGUACAAGGAGGCUCUUGAGAUGAUACUCGAUGUCGAACCCGAGGACGACGAGGAUGAAGAAGAGGAGGAAGACGAGGAAGAGGAUGAGUCGAUCGAAGGCGCCGAUAGGAUGCGGCAGUCCGAACGACGAAACCACAGCCGCGUCGCGAGCGACCUCUCCGUCAUCGAAUCCUCGGCCGAGAUGCUUUACGGCCUCAUCCACCAACGAUUCAUAUGCUCUCGCGCUGGCAUUCAACAGAUGUCAGAGAAGUAUGAACUGGGACACUUUGGCGUAUGCCCCCGUAGUUACUGCGAACAGGCGCGAACGCUGCCCGUCGGUCUAUCGGACAUUCCGGGAGAGGACACAGUGAAGCUGUUCUGCCCCUCCUGUCUUGACGUCUACGUCCCGCCCAACAGCCGCUUCCAAACCGUCGAUGGUGCUUUCUUUGGUCGCACCUUCGGCGCAUUAUUCCUCUUGACCUUCCCCGAAUACGACCUGACUAAGCGAGGCGCCGACGUGCUAGCAGGUGCACGAGUGACCGAAGACGAAAAGGAACAAAUGUUGAACGGCAUGUACGUGUGCAACAUUGCCCCUGGCUUAGGCGGCACUAAGAUUUACCACCCGCGCAUCUACGGCUUCCGCGUAUCCGAAGUGGCUCGUUCCGGUCCGCGCAUGAAAUGGUUGAGGGGCAAGCCGGACGACAUGUCGGAACUGGACGAGGCGCGUCGUUUUGCCGAGGACAACCCGGACAGCGAGGACGAGGACGAAGCGAGCAUGAACUUGAACGGACGGCCUAUGCAUCGGCUACGACCCCGAAGACGACAGGGUCAGGGUGGGAGUCCGAUGGCAGUAGAGAUGAAUGGUGCCGAAUCAGGACUCUAA